AUGGCUGAUCAAUGGAUUCGCAUGUAUCACCAAAACAACAAUCAACAACUCUCCUUCAACCUUUCCGACCACCGUCAGCUCAAUAACGACGACAAUUCCGGGGUUGUUUCUGAUUCCACCGUCGUCACCGCCGCUGUCUCCUCCGCUACAACGCUACCGACCUCCUCCGGUUUAAUCCCAGAUGGGGGCAGAGUCUCGAAGCCGGUUCGCAAGCGGACCAGAGCCUCUCGACGGACUCCAACCACUUUAUUCAACACGGACGCGGCCAAUUUCCGAGCCAUGGUCCAGCAGUUCACCGGUGGUCCAUCCAACAACGCUUCCAAUUUUUCCACAUUUGGCUUCCCUAGUAAUUCCAACGCCGUUUUCGACCCCACCGUCGCCGCCUACCACCUCGAAGCUCCGCCGGUAUUCCAAUUCCAAAAUCAACCUCCACCGCACGCGCCGCUGCAGCAACCGCCGUUUAUGUUCUCGUUGGGGAAUUCAGCGGCGAGUGAGACGUUUUUUCAACAGGGUGGGGGGUUGAGGAGUAAUGAUAGCAAUGUUAAUUACAUGGGGCUGUUUGAUGGGUCUUCGCCGACGGCUCAGAAUCCUCGAUCGGAGUGACUCCGGCACGGCGGCGGAAUUAUUGUUUUUUUUUUUUUUUUGGAGGGUGGGGAAAGUAGGGUGUAGAAGAAGUUAGGCACCGAAGUCGCCUACCGAUAAAUUAUUCAAAGAUACAUUUUUUUAA